CUUCUAAGCUUCAUCAUCUGUUUCUCUUAUGUCUCCUCUUCGUCCUCGUUCCAGCCUUACAUCUGUCUUGAGACGAGAAUCAUCACACGCUACCUGAUGCGCAAAAGGCGAGAUCUCUUCACUGAUCAGCUAGAUCAUACAUAAACGUGCUUCUUCGCUGCUUUCUCUCUUCUUCCUGCCACCUUCUACCGGAUGUUUAGUGCGUCGCAACUCGUCUCCCUGGUUGACAUGAUGACCUCGUCGACGUCUACAGCUACUCCUUCAAAGCACGAAUUCACGCGGCAAGUCGAAGAGGUCAAGACACCGAAAAGUGAUAUCAACGCGCUCAUCCUCGACUACCUCACCGUUGCUGGGUACCCUAAUGCCGCCGCCAAAUUCUCAUCUGAGGCUAACCUACAGCCACAACAACCAACGUCCGCGAUACAACAGCGGUUAAGGAUUCAGAAAUUCAUACAUAGAGGAGAGAUUGAAAAUGCAUUACAGGAGUUGAAUCAAGUAUUUCCAUCGAUACUAGAUAAUGACGACUCAUUGUUGUUUGCACUGCUACGCUUGCAGCUAGUAGAACUAAUUCGGGACUGUAAUAACAGUCCCGAUCGUGAUAUUUCGGCUGCAUUAAAAUUUGCACAAACUAAACUAGGGCCCAAGGCAACAACGAAACCAGAGUUUCUGGAAGACCUAGAGAAAACCAUGUCCUUACUUGUCUUCCCUCAGGAUGAUUCUUUAGACCCAUCAUUGUCGGCACUCUUGCAGCCAAGCUUAAGGAGGGAUGUUGCUGAUCAAGUGAAUCAAGCGAUUCUUGAAUAUCAGCAGCAACGCAAGGAAGCAGCCAUUCGACAGCUUGUGCAGAUGAGGGUUUGGAGUGAGGAGGUUGCUCGUAAAGACACUAAAAAGGAUUUGCCUGAAACGAUCGAGUUAGGUCUAGAUGGCGAUGGUUCCUGUUCUCAUGAUGCUGUUUCUAACGGCCAUGAGCCCAUGAUAACAACCUAAUAUAUCUCUCCAAAGCACGAAUUGCUUGGAAGAUAUGGCUUGGUGCAGAAAUACCCUUCUAAUUAUGGGAUGCACCUCAACCCCUUGGCUUUGGACAAACUUGAUCUGGCGCUUCGACAACCUCAAGGUCUUCAGGGUUGAAUGAUGAAAUGGCGUUUAUGGCUUACGACUUUGGCGUCUAGUAGAUGUCAAAUGGCUCGCUACAUAUUAUGAUGGCCUUGUUAUUCUUGUUUUGAAACGUGGGGGUAUGGCGUUGAAAGUGCAUUUGACGAAAAGACGAUAGCUUUUCUUUGGUACGGGGUAUUUGCUUAAGAGGCGUUCGUUAUGGAGUUCGGGGGGGGGCGAAUACCAUUUGAUAAGGUCUUCACGAUACUCAGCGGAGACAGGCAUUGCCUUUUGCGAUACUUCUAAGAAACCACCGUCUAAAUAUAUGUACAAUUAUGCGUACUGUCACGAGCAACCGCGUCUCGAACU